GUGAGUUUUUUUAUUUAUUAACAUUAACAUGACAUGACACGAGUAGUUUAUUUUUUGUUCAAACUCCAAAGGUUCAUCCUCCACUCACUUAACCAUCUCCUUCCUUUCUCUUCCAUUUCCAUAUUUAGCAACUCUUCCCUCUCUCUCGCUCUGUUCUGUCACCGAGCCUCAGGAGCCACGAAAACACAGGUACAUGUUGUGCCUUUGCCUUGCCAAACCUGCAAUAUUCCUUUGUUUUGUUUUGUUUUUCCCUUUUGAAUUUCCCUGCAUUUACUCACUAUUGUUUCCGUUACAAGUAAUAAUAUGCGUUGAAGGGUUAUUCUUUUUUAUUUCUCCCUCUCCGCAUUCUUUUCUCAUUAAUGGCAAUCCCAUCAUUAUUGCACCGUUCCCUCUCCUUGUCUUGGAAUCAGGUUGGUGCCCAUUAUUAUUGGGGUGGAAAAGUUUGAAACUUUGAAGAAAAAAAAAUUAAAGGGUGGAAUGCAUGCCAAUCGCUUGAUUUUUUUAUUGUUAAAUCAUAUCAAACGUUUAUUUGUGAGAGAGGAGGGUCCCUGGGAUAAGUUUUGGUGGUAAUUUCAAUCACCAUGUGGUAGAAUCAUCAAAUUUAGGGGAAUGGUCCGAAAGGGUGGUGGAGCAAUGGAGUAGAGGACACAAUUGAAUGGUGAAGUGAAACAUUGAGAGCAUGAGCUAGGUGGCUAUGAAUAUGGACUCAAAAGAAGAGGCUGAGCCUCAAGAGGAGAGGCCCUCAUCGCCAAUGCGGGUCCUGCAGCAGUUAUCUGAGGGGGCAUUCAGAGUUGCUGGGGAAGCAUUUCACAAUAUGUACACAGGUGGUGGGUCAGGCAUGUCACCCAUGGGGCCAGGUUCACAUAGACGUAGUCAAAGUGAACUUGUCACUAGAGGAUAUCAGCGUACUCAGAGCCUUCAGAAAUUGAAAUCUCAUGUGAACAAGGCUUGGCGCUGGGGUGGCAAAACGCGUGAAGAAUGUUUGUCGAGUUUCAAUCCUGAGGUCAUGGCGAACCAGAAACGUCAGUGGUAUCAGCUUCAUCCUAAAACUCUGGAGUGUGUAAAUUAUAAGGAGCCAACAUCGCUCUUUGAACAUUUUGUGAUUGUGGGGCUGCAUCCAGAUGCUAAUUUGGAAGCCGUGGAGCAUUCAUUUGCAGGAAGGAAGAAGUGGGAAAAAGAGAAGGAAAAACUUGAAUUUCUAGAUUACAAAGUGCUAGAGCAACAAAGGUCACCAGAACCAAUUUUGGAACCUCAGUUACUAUUCAAAUAUCCUCCUGCUAAGAAGCUAACAAUGCGUAUGACGGAUUUAUCUUCCUUUUGCUUUCCUGAAGGUGUUAAGGCAAGGUUGUUGGAGAGGACUCCAUCUCUAAGUGAACUGAAUGAACUUGUCUAUGGACAGGAGCAUUUAGGCAAAGAUGAUCAUUCAUUCGUCUUCACAGUCAAGGCAACAGACAAUACAACACUUUAUGGAGUUUGCUUACAUGUGCCUGAAAUUGUUCAGAGGCCCCCUGGUAUCUUAGGCAUACCAUCUUCUUUUUCUCACCCCUCUGGAGGAUGCAGCCGUUUUCUGGUUUCUGCGCCUCGCUGUUACUGUCUUCUGACUAGAGUUCCUUUCUUUGAGUUACAUUUUGAGAUGUUAAACAGUCUCAUUGCACAGGAGCGUCUGAAUCGGAUAACUCAGUUUAUAAACGAGAUGACUCUCACUAGCUGCAUUCCAUCAACAGCCAAACUAGAUGAUCAAAGGAGUUCAAAUGCUUACUCCCCAGAUAGGGAGUCAUUUAGUGACUGGAUGAAUUGUGCCAUACCUGUUGAUGGUGCAGCUGUGAUUUCUGCUGCUGCUGCUGGGAUUAUAUCUGAUGAUGAAAUGCUGCAGUUAUCACCUAAAAUAUGGGAUUCUCGCUGUCAAUCUCCUGUAAGUGUGACUGCCAGUGAUACAUCAGAUUAUUUUCAAUAUAGGGACAUAGACAAGGAUGGCAGGAAGAAUCUGCAAGAUCAAGACAAUUGUGCUUUUGAGACACUAGAAACUCAUGAUUCUAUGGAAAGAAUGCAUGGAAAUUGCGAAAAUGAUCAAGUUUCUCCAAAAGUUGGAACACCCUUAUCUGCUCGGAGUAAUGUCUUGGACCAUCUUGGAAGUUCUGAAUCACUUUUCAGUCCAGUUAGAAGCAUGGCAUCAGAAGAUGAGGACUAUGUUUUCGCAAACAGUGAAAGAGAUUAUGGGAACAAGUUGUUAAUGGAACAGGCUACGGAGAAUCAGAAUGAUUUGCUACAGAUAGUGUGUAGAUACCAUGACCAACCUAUUCCACCUAGAGGAAGUGAAUUUGUUUUCCACCCUCUUGAACAUCUGCAACCUAUUCAGUAUAUACGACAUUCAGCUUCUUCUCUUGGCUUAAACGAUGAUUGUUCAAAUUGUUCUGAAACAGCUCAGGUCAAUGCAAAGCUGGCAGCUGCUGAGGAGGCCCUAUCAUUAUCAGUAUGGACAAUGGCAACUACAUGUCGAGUCCUGUCCCUUGAUAGUGUGCUGACAUUAAUUACAGGAGUGUUGCUGGAAAAACAGGUGGUAAUAGUAUGCCCAAAUCUGGGUGUUCUAUCUUCCACAGUUCUUUCUCUUAUUCCCAUGAUUCGUCCAUUUCAGUGGCAGAGUUUAUUGCUCCCGGUUUUACCGGGUAGAAUGAUUGAUUUUCUUGAUGCCCCAGUUCCAUAUAUUGUUGGCAUACAACAUAAACCAGAUGACAUGAAUAUGAAAACUACUAAUCUUGUUCUUGUUAAUGUACAGAAGGAUCAGGUUACAAUGUGUCACUUACCGAAACUUCCACAGCAUAAAGUGCUUGUCUCUCAGUUGACUCCAAUUCAUGCUAAACUUUCAAAGGAAAGAUCAAUUGCUACAAAGCAUCCUGUACAUAGGUGCAACGAAGUCCAGGCUGAAGCUGCAACCAAGUUUUUGAAUAUAAUAUGGCACUAUUUGGAGUCACUUUGUUCGGAUCUGAAAUCUCACACGAUAACUAGUGUACAAGGAAAUAACGACAGGGUUUCUUUACUUCUUAAAGAUAGCUUCAUUGAUUCCUUUCCUGCUAGGGACCAGCCAUUCGUUAAGCUAUUUGUAGAUACACAGCUCUUCACGGUUUUAUCAGACUCUCGUUUGUCAAGCUUUGAGAAUGGCGAGUCAUAGCCCCAUGUCACAUUAGUGCAAUACAUCUGUUAGACAUGUUUGUUCAGUGAGGAAGAUAUAGUUCUUGAUUUCAUUGAGGAACACCUCCAGUCUAUAUCCGAGAAUCCAAGGUUUGGAAUGACACAGUAAGUUGAUAUGUGGGUUAAAAAUUUUGUAUAAUGUUGAUAGUAAUAGACUGAAAAUGCCAUGUACUAAACCACUGGUGCUAACCCUGAAGGAAGAAAUCACUGUCCCUAUUUUUUAUUGAGGGAUAUGUUCUUGUGGGGUUCAGCUGCUCUUGUUUUGUAAUCGAGUAAUUGUGAGUACAUACAAACUAUUUCCCCUGUCCCUGUAGCAUACAUGUCAUUUUUUUUUUCUAGAUAAUGCAGUGCCACAUAGGGUCUGUUUGGAUGAACUUUUAUAGUAGAGCUUAUAGGAGAAGAGCUUAUCUAGAAGCUCUAUUGUGAAAAGCUCCAUGUAGAUAAGUUUAUUUUGUGUUUGGAUGAUUUAUAUUUAAGUGCUUAUUCAAAAUAA